CCAAAACGAACAGCACAUAACAACAGUAUGUCGGCGAGUUCUGCUCAUGGCCCGCGCAAUCAGCCUUGCAAGGUUUGUCAGCAGCGAAAGGUCAAAUGUGAUAGGAAGGAUGGUAGUCCAUGUAUAAAUUGCACCAAAAUGGGAGUGGACUGCAUUUUGGUUGAGUCGUCGAGACGGAAGAAGAAUCCGCCCCAUUACUCGGAGCUUUUGAUUCGGCUGAAGCGGUUUGAAGAUGCUUUAAGGGGCUAUGGAGCGGAUGUUGAGAAGAUUGCGAGGGGAGAAGGCGUUUCACGUGAUAAUCUCGUGAUUAGAGGGAAGGAGUUUUCGAAGAGUCCUCAAAGUCCGGGAGAGGUGUCGACAUACCUUGAAAAAACAAAUGGUACUGGAUUGACCGACCAGUUUUAUGAUGGCGAAGAAAUCCUCCAGUCUUCGUCAGAUAUAGAGACUCUCAAAGAUCCUAUCAUGGCGACCUACGAUGCCAUAUUUAAUAACGGUGGCGAUCGCUUCGCUGUGGAAUCUCCCGCUUCAGAUGUCGGACUCCUUUCACUCCAUCCUUCACCCGUGCAGAUCUUCAGACUUUGGCAAAUCUUCCUCGAUAGAAUAAAUCCUUUGACGAAGAUAAUACACGCACCAACUACGCAGCAACGAAUCCUCGAAGCGAGUAGUAAUUUGGACAAUGUCCCCAAAAGCUUGGAGGCACUGAUGUUUAGCAUUUACUACUUUGCAGCAACUUCAUUGACUCCUGAAGAAAGUGAGACUUUAUUCGGACAAGAUCAAACCUCAUUGACGAAGAAGUAUUGGCUCGGAUUCCAACAGGCUCUUGCAAAUGCAUCCUUCCUCAAAUCGUCCGACAUUGUCACUCUUCAAGCAUUUGUCCUGUAUCUCAACGCAUCAAUAAUGAACAUCGAUCCAAGAACCCACUACUCCCUCGUAGGCCUCGCAAUUCGAAUAACUCAUCGCAUGGGCCUCGACCGCGACGGCUCAACCCACACCCUCCCCCCUUUCCAGACCGAACUCCGCCGCCGUCUCUGGUACCAAAUCGUGCUCCUCGAUCUCCAAACCGCGCAGAUAAGCGGCGGAGGCUCACCCCUCCUUCACCAACCCUGGGACACCAAACUCCCUCUCAACAUCAACGACAGCGAUCUCUACCCCGAAAUGACAACCGCGCCACCCUCAAGCACCGCUGGGGCCACCGAAAUGGUAUUCUGCCUCAUCGGCUACGAAAUAGCCUCUUACCUACACACAACCCGGCACCACGAGACUCUCUCCGAGCUGGAAUCUCGCCUCAAAAAAACGUACCUCAAACAUCUAAACCCCACUCUCAAAUUCCACCAGCUAACAAUCCAAAUGGCCCAUUCAACCCUCUCAAAGACCUACAUGACGCUGCACCACAACCGGCAUUUCCCCAAAACGCCCACGCCCACCCCAGCCCCAACAGCCGCCGAAACCCAAACCUUCUUCACACACCUCCUCACCCAACUCUCGUCCUUCAACAGCAUCCUCACGCUCUCCUCUCCCUCCCCUAUUCUAGUCGACGCUUUCGCGCAGCCCUCAGCUCAGAUAAAACGCUCUCCCUACCACUGGUACGCGCAGAAGAACUUCCCCUUCGCAGCACAGAUCUUGCUCCUGCUGUUCCUGCGCACGCCGAUGUUUGCGUCUGGAGAGGAGAGGGAGAGAGCGUGGCGGGUGUUGAACGAAGGGUUCUUUUUGAAGAGGAUGGGGGGGAGUCGGUUGGGGAGG